AUGAUAGCCAAGAUACGAGAUGCUCCUACAUCUACCUUAGCUGGUCGCACAAUCCACAUCGUCGGUGUCCACGCAGAAGGCGAAGUCUGCGAUGUUAUCGUCGGAGGCGUGACAGAUCCAACACAUUGCAAAACAAUGUAUGAGAAACUCGCCCACUUGAGUGUGGCCGGUAUCGGUGGCGAACCGAGCAGAAGCAAUUCCGACAGGGUGGCCAAGUGUUGA